GCUGAUUGGAAAAGGGAUUAUUUGAUUCCAGAUAAAAAAGAUCAUAUGAAAAUGGCAGUUGACGACGAUGGCGAUGUUCUCCCUGACCGGGAUGCAGCAAAGGGAUUCUAUGCCAAGUAUGAGCCCAAAGAAGUACUUGGACGAGGUGGUUGUUCUGUUGUCCGGCGCUGCAUUGAGAAAGAAACAGGUCAACAGUUUGCUGCCAAGAUCAUUGACCUGAGUGACUCCUCCACCGAUGAGGUUUAUGAAGCCACAAUGCGAGAGGUUGAGGUAUUGCGACUGGUAGCUGGACACCCUUACAUCAGUAA